AUGUCGGUCGAUAUACAGCAACGUCAAGCUCGGAAUAUCGGAUUUGGGGCUUUAAUCCUCCUCAUAAUUAUCUGGACAGUCAAACUCUCUAAUCCGAACCACGAUGCUAUUAACUUUUAUUCGAAUCACACGAAAAGUUUCAACUCAUCGAAACUAGCAUUUUCCCUUCCGAAUUUGUUCUCUGGGGACAAUUCAAAUGCUACAACGCAAGCGAAUCUUGUAACGGAUGAAUUUGGAGAUUACUUCAACGGAACAAUUUUCAAUAAAGUGGCGGUGAUCAUAGAGGAUAGCUAUCGUCCCGAAGUUAUACCUCUAGUUCUGCAUUUUGGCAGUGUCCUCGGUCCAACAUGGCCCAUACUUAUAUAUACGUCAAUCGAAGACGUUGCCAGGUUUUCCACAUCUGCGGCACUCUCUCGAUAUCUUAAACAAGAUCUCAUUCAAAUACGAAAUCUCCCGCAGACUGUUCUUUUUACAGACCUCAAAGCAAGAAACAAAUUCAUGACGGAUUCAUGGUUAUGGGAGAAUCUCGCACCGGCAGAGCACAUCCUGCUUUUUGACAGCGAUAGCAUGUUGUGUUCUAAUGCUGCAACGAGUGUUGAUGACUUUUUUGCUUAUGACUUGAUUGGAACGCCUGUCAAGGAUAAGGGUCAUAGGGGAGGAUUGAGUAUGAGGAAAAGAAGUAGCAUGCUAAGAGUUCUAGAAAAUUGGGACUUUGCUGACGAUAUGAAGAGAAUAGAGGACGAGAAGAAGAGGAAAGAAGAAAAGCAAAAGAAAGAGGAAGAGCAGAAGAAGAAGGAGGAAGAGCAGAAGAAAAAAGAAGAAGCUCAGAAGAAGAAAUCAGAGGAAGAAAAGAAGAAGAAAAUGGACCAGGAAAUCAAAAAGAAGCUGGAAGACGAGAGAAAAAAAUUGCAGGUGGAGAAUCAACAGGACACCAAGAAAGAAGACAAAGGCAAGCAAGUUGAUCAAGAAGCACAGGUAAAUGGAAAUGGAAAGGAGAAUGAGAAGCAGAACAACAAGAGAGAGAAGAAUGAGGAGGAAGAACCAGAAGAAGAAUUGGCAGAAGAUCGAUGGUAUCAAGAAAAAUUACGAAAGCUACAAGGCGACGAAGAAAGUAUUGGCAUUGAUCCAGAAGAAGACGGCGCGGUCAAUUUGCCCACCGAAGAAGUCACACGUACAUUCAGUGUUGAAUCAAUCGACUAUCCACACCCAUUGGGAUUACAUCGCGUACACAAGUGGAAAGAGGAUCAGAUGGAUAAAUUACUUGAUUGGUGCCCAGAAUAUAGACUAUGUUCUGUAUCGCAUCACGGGAAGGAGUUUCCAACUUUUGCAAAUGGAGGUGUAGGAUGGUAA